UAAGUAGAAGUGACGCAACCGGAACUUAAAAAUAAUAUACAACAAAGAUGGCGUCACCCGGCGAGGCAGAUGUGAAUGCUUCACACGUGGAAAAAAAGAAAAAGCCCCCAGCUCGUUACUGGCAGGAAUCACAUGAAAAGGAGAAUGGCUCAAACAAAGACGAAGGGCAACCUGAGCAGCAGCAGCAGGAGAAGAAGAAGAAGACGCAGAAAACAAAGAAAAGAAAAGGAGACGAGCAGCCCGGAGAUGGAAAGAGAGUCAUAUCAGGGAAAUCCGACCCUUUCCCUGGGCCCGCUCCUGUCCCAAAACACAAAUUGCAGAAAUUCAAGAGGAAAGACAACACAACAAAGCCUAAUUGGAAGCAUUACAAGCUGAAGGAUAUCGUCAAGCGUGCAGAAGAAGGUUCAGAAAUGGCCCAAAAACAAGCUGCUCGGUUUGACCUCCUACUGCCAGAGGAUGCAGGAUUUUUAGAAGGCGAUGAAGAUGAGGACACUUGUAUGAUCUCUCAGGAGGAUAUUGCGGAUGCUGUGGACAUUACCUCUGGAGCAAAGUAUUUCAAUCUGAAACUGUCUCAGUUUGGUCCAUAUCGUCUGGAUUACAGCAGAACUGGACGUCAUCUGCUGCUGGGUGGGAGGAGAGGCCAUGUUGCUUGUUUAGACUGGCAGUCCAAACAGCUCAUGUGUGAGAUAAACGUCAUGGAGUCUGUCAAUGAUGUGAAGUGGCUCCACACUGAGCACAUGUACGCUGUAGCUCAGAAAAAGUGGCUAUACAUCUAUGACUCUAACGGGAUAGAGUUGCACUGCAUUCGCAAAUUCAACGAUGUCUUGAGAAUGCAGUUCCUCCCCUAUCACUUUCUCCUAGCCACUGCGAGUGCGACAGGCUUCCUGCAGUACCUGGACGUGUCUGUUGGAAAGGAGGUGGCCGCCAUCUGCACCAAGAAAGGCCGUCUUGAUGUGAUGUGUCAGAACCCUCACAAUGCAGUCAUCCACCUCGGUCACUCAAAUGGCACCGUCACACUUUGGUCACCUAAUCAAAAGGAAGCCCUGGUUAAAAUGCUCUGUCAUCAAGGUGGCGUUCGUUCUGUCACUGUGGACAAGACUGGCACGUACAUGAUCACAUCUGGAAUGGAUAAAAAAAUGAAAGUCUUUGACAUCAGAGCUUUCAAACCCCUCAGGUCCUACUUCCUUCCUGCUGGAGCUUCUUGUUUGUCUCUGAGCCAGAAGGGAUUGCUGUCUGCAGCUACAGGGGACAUUGUUCAGGUGUACAGGGAUGUUUGGAGCACGCCAGUAAGUAAACCCUACAUGGCUCACAGAGUCCGAGGAUCAGCUUGGGGGUUACACUUUUGCCCUUUUGAGGAUGUCCUUGGCAUUGGGCACGGAGAUGGCUUCACAAGUAUGCUCGUUCCAGGGGCUGGUGAACCCAACUUUGAUGGCCUGGAUGCAAAUCCUUACCGAAGUGCAAAACAAAGACAGGAGUGGGAGGUCAAAGCUCUGCUGGAGAAGAUUCAGCCAGAGCUUAUUACACUCGACCCCACAGAGCUUGGUCAAGUUGAUCGUUCUACCUUUGAGCAGAGGCAUCAAAACAGAGUUGAAGUUCUGGGCUUUGAUCCACUUGCCAAGGAGAAAUUUGUUCCAAAAUUUAAGAAGAAAGGUCGCAGCUCUGCUGGUGGUGUUGAAAGACGCAAGAGACAAGUGGCCCAUCAGGACCAGAGGGAUGUCAUUCGGAAAACUGUGGAGGACAGACAGAAAAUGGAGGAAGAGCGAAAGAGGACAGAGGAGAAGAAAAGAGCUCUGUCUGGGAAAAGAUCUGCUCUGGACAGGUUCAAAAAAUAAAAAAGGACUCAUUGUGCAACUCAAAACGCAGCGACACUCUGUGGGAGCAAUCUUUGACCUCCAUAUGGAAACAUGGCCCAGUGGUAUGCAGAAGUUCUGGUGGUUGUGGGCAGCUAGGGCCAGAUCUGAUGGGAAACAGUUCAUGAAAUCAAUGUUGAAUGCUCCGGCUGCUCUGCUCUACUUAUCGACUGUAGCCCAAAGCAAGUCCUGUUUAUGUUCAUGUGAUGGACCUUAGCCUGCAUUAGCUGUAACCCAGAUUCUUUUUAUACUAAAAGCUUACUGUAUGACUUUGUUUUUCUAAGCUCUGUUAAGAUUUAUUUUUACAAAAACAUUUAACAGAAACAUAAAACAGAUUGACCAUAGUGCAGCGUUGCCAUUUGUUCAAAUGCAUUGACAUAACACAGCUUUCAAAACACGCUGCUCUAAA